AUGGAUGAGGUCGAAUAUAAGGGGAAAAAGCACAUACCCGGGCAAGGCAACAAUUCGUACAUUUUCCCCGGAAUUGGAUUGUCUGCAGUGACUUGGAAAGCGAAAAAAAUUCCUGACGAAGUGUUUCUUAUCGCGGCUAAGAUAUGUGCAAAGAUGACGCCAGACCAGGCACUCCAUGAUCAUGGUCUUCUUUAUCCGCCAAUAGCAAAUAUUCGCGAGUUAUCGAUUCAAAUCGCAGUCAAUGUCGGAGAGUAUCUGUAUGAGAAAAAUUUAGCCAUGCUGCAGCCUAAACCAGAAAAUUUGGAGAUGUAUGUGCGCCAUCAGAUAAUCCCAAUUGGUUACGAGGAGACAAUUGGUAAAGCAUACAGAUACCUUGAAUCAGACCUCCAGACAUGUCCUAUACCGUCUGAGAAAUAA